AUGGCCACCCCUACCGUCGUCGCUCGUCCUCUGCCGACCCUGCCCUCGGGCUGGGCCGCCGAGAAGGACUUCAAGCCCAUAGGCAAGAUCACCGCCGCCUCGCAGCGCAGCAUCGAGCCUGUCGGCCCUCACUUCCUCGCUCACGCCCGCCGGGCCCGCCACAAGCGGACCUUCUCCGAGGAUGACCGCAUCCAGGCGCAGGAGCGCGCCAAGAAGGUCGAGGACGACGAGGACAGUGAUAUCAGCGAGCCCGAGGACCCCAUGCUGCUCCAGCGCGAGGCCAAGGACUGGAAGAGUCAAGACCACUACCAGGUGUUGGGUCUCAGCAAGUACCGAUUCAAGGCCACCGAGGAGCAGAUCAAGCGCGCCCACCGCAAGAAGGUCCUCAAGCACCAUCCCGACAAGAAGGCCGCCCAAGGCCGCACCGAGGACGAUCAAUUCUUCAAGUGCAUCCAGAAGGCCACCGAGGUCCUCCUGGACCCUGUCAAGCGCCGCCAGUACGACUCUGUCGAUGAAGAGGCCGAUGUCGAGCCGCCGACCAAGAAGCAGCUCGUCAAGGGCAACUACUACAAGCUCUGGGGCAAUGUGUUCAAGGCCGAGGCCCGCUUCAGCAAGGUCCACCCCGUCCCCGCCUUUGGCGACGAGAACUCUACCGAGGAGGACGUGCACAACUUCUACAACUUCUGGUACAACUUCGACAGCUGGCGGACCUUUGAGUACCUGGACGAGGAUGUCCCCGACGACAACGAGAACCGCGACCAGAAGCGGCACAUGGAGCGCAAGAAUGCCAACGCCCGCAAGAAGAAGAAGGCCGAGGACAAUGCCCGCCUGCGCAAGCUGGUAGACGACUGCUCCGUCGGCGACGAGCGCAUCAAGCGCUUCAAGAAGGAGAAGAACGCCGCCAAGAACGCCAAGCGGCUCGAGAAGGAGGCCGCCGAGAAGGCCGCCAAGGAGGAGGCCCAGCGCAAGAAGGAGGCCGAGGAGAAGGCCGCGCGCGAGGCCGAGGAGGCGGCCAAGGCCGGUAGGGACCAGGCAAAGAAGGCCAAGGAGGCGGCCAAGAACGCCGUCAAGAAGAACAAGCGUGUGCUCAAGGGCUCUGUCAAGGAUGCCAACUACUUUGCCUCUGGCGAGCCCUCGGCUGGCACCAUCGAUGCCGUGCUCAACGAUGUCGAUCUCAUCCAGUCCAAGAUUGAUGCCGAUGAGAUUGCCGCCCUGGCUGGCCAGCUCAACGGCCUCAAGGUUGCAGACGAGAUCAAGGGUGUCUGGCAAGGCGAGACCAAGCGCUUGGUCGACGCAGGCAAGCUCAAGGACGGAGACGUCAAGUCCUUCGCCUAG